ACAGUAUUAUGCUGGUGGGGGUCACCUGUGGGGCUCCAAAUCGGGGGGUGAAUGGGGUGAGGGCAGCACAACCCACUAGUAGACAGCAGAGAACACCCCCACCCGCCGCAGCAAUGCAAGCCUGGAGAGGUGCUUGCUGCCCUGCUCCAACAGGGUGACUUUGGGCAGGAGGGAGCCUAAAUCCCCACCUAUUCUGCCUGCCCCUGGGAAAAGCCUGCAAAAUUUUGGGGUGCUGGUGGGAGGAGGGAUGUGCUGCUGCUUCCCUCCCCAUCCCACCACAGCACUGUGGGCCCCAGCUUUGCUGUUGCUUUUGGAGCUGUCAAAAACUGGGUAGAGGUAUUUUUGUUGUGGUUUUUUGUUUUUUCUUCUCCUCGGGCUGGGUGGUCCCCCUGCGCUGCCCCACUGCAGAGGGAGUUGGGAUGUGGCCCGGUGCCUGGCCCUUUGUGUGAGGAUGGGAAGCACCGAAGCAGGCCAGGGCCCAGCAGGUCUGUGCCUUUCUGUCACCUCCCUGCACUGAAUUUGGCCACUCUGCGCCCCCCCCCCCCCCCUUGGCUUUUGCCCAAGGUGGUGUGAGGCUCUUGGGGACUGAGUGGCUGCACGGGCCUGAUACUGCACCAGCAUUAGCCAUGGGCCAGCUCCCAGCUGCCCAUGAUCCCCUCUGGCAUCCAUCAGCUGGGUGCUCUGGGAAAAUGCCCCCCAAACUGUCCCUACAAUGCCCCCCCAAGUGACAUUGCCUCCCCCAAGAAGAGACUUCUCACCCAGAGAAGUAACUUCUGAAAAAGCUUCCCCCGCCCCUCCCCCCCCAGCAACUUUUCUCCCCAACAAAGCAGUUUAUCUUCCCUGCAAAAGCUACCUCAGCCCCUGCUAAAAUGUGGCUGGUCACCCAAAAGCAAUUUCUCUCCCCCAAAAGUGAUUACUUCUCCAAAGAAUAAUACCUUUCCACAAAAAGUGACUUCUCCUCCCCUGAAAAGUUACUUUUCCCCCAAAAAUUUAUCCUCCAAAGAGCUACUUCUCCCCCCAAAAGCAAGUUAUCUCCAAAAAGUUGCUGCUCUCCUAAAGAAUGGCUUCUCCCCUUCAAAACUUUGUCUCCAAAGUGACUUCUCCGUGAAAAGUUACUUUUCUCCCCAAAAAGCAACUUUUGUCCCCCCAAAAGUUACUUUUCCUUCCCCAAAAGUAACUUUUCUCCCCCAAAAGUGACUCUUGUCCCCAAAAAAGUGACUUUUCUUCCCCUAAAAGUAACUCCCCAUGUGACUUUUAUCUGCAAAAAGGAACUUUUUUUCUCCAAUAGUGUCCUUUGUCCUGAAAAAGUGCAUUUUCUCCCCCAAAACUGACUUUUCUGCCCCAAAAAGUGGUUUCUCUUCCCCAAAGGCAACUUUUCUCCUCCGAAAAAUUACUUUUACUCCCCCAAAAGUUAUCUCUGCCCCCCCAAGUGGCCUUCUGCCUAAAAAAGAAAUUUCUCUUUCCCAUAGUGCCUUUUGUCCCCAAAAAGCAACUUUUGUUCCCCCAAAGUGGCUGCUUUUCCCCAAAGGCAACUUUUUGCCUCCAAAGAGCGAGUUUCCUUCCCAAAAAGUGACUCCCCCCCCCCGCCCUGCGAAUCCAAACUUCCUCCACUAACAGCGAUUUAACUCCCUAAAAAACUUCUCUCCUCUAGAAGUGACUUCUCUAUCCAAAAAAGCAACUUUACCCCCAAAAGUAACUUCUUGCUCCCCAAAACAACUUUUAUCCUCCCCAAAACCCACUUCACUACCUCAAAAAGCGACUUACCCCCCUCCAAACGGACCUCCCCCUCCCAAAGCCCUCUCCUCUCUCCACCCGAAUCUAGCUUCUCGCCGAAGAAACCCAAACUUUCUCUUCCAAAAAGCGACUCCUCCCCUUCCAAAGCAACAUUUCCCCUCCCAAAAGCCACUUCUCCCUACCCAAACCCAACUUUCCCCUCACAAAACCCAACGCUUCCCCCCCCGCCUCCCGCAGCCCCCCCUCGGGAGAACCACCCUCUUCCCUCCUCCCUCCGCGCGAUCCCCCUCCUCAGCACCCCGCUUUCCUCCUCAAAAACUCGUCCCCUCCCCGCCCACUCCAAAAAAAAGUAACUUUUUCCUCACGAAAAGCCACUUUUUCCAUCAAAAGCGGGCUGUGCCCCCCUUCCCGCCGCCCGCCCCUCCUCAGCCCGCCCCGGCGGGGGGCGCGGGGCCGUGGCGGGCCGGGCCGGGCCGCGCUGAGGACGAGGGAGGAGGAGGAGGAGGAGGAGGAGCGGCCCUGCUCCGCUCCCGGCGAGCUCAACAAAGGGCGUCGGGGCAUGGCGGGGGCCGGGGCCGGGCCGCCCGCCUAGCGCCGGUGCGGGCCGGGAUGGCGGCGCAGGGCGGCGGGUGGCGGUGGGCGCUGGCGCUAGGCAUGGCGCUGGCGCUGGGUGGCCGCCGCUGCCCCGCCGCCCCGUUCCUCAACGCCUCGGCCGUUCCCGAGCGCUGCCGCCGCCCCGCGCCCUGCGAACGGCUCCGUUACGGCGCCUGCCUGGGCUCGGCGCUGCCCUACGCCGCCACCUCCACGCUGCUGGCCGCCGACUCCGCCUCGCAGGAGGAGGCUCACGGAAAGCUCCUGCUCUGGUCAGGCCUGCGCAAUGCCCCACGCUGCUGGGAUGUCAUCCAGCCCCUGCUCUGUGCUGUCUACAUGCCUAAGUGUGAGGAUGGCCAGGUGGAGCUGCCCAGCCAGACCCUCUGCCAGGCCACCCGAGCCCCCUGCACCAUCGUGGAGCGUGAGCGUGGCUGGCCCGACUUCCUCAAGUGCACGCCUGAUCGCUUCCCUGAGGGAUGCCCGAAUGAGGUGCAGAACAUCAAGUUCAAUAGCUCAGGACAGUGUGAGGCACCACUGGUGCGGACAGACAACCCCAAGAGUUGGUAUGAGGACGUGGAGGGUUGCGGCAUCCAGUGCCAGAAUCCACUCUUCACCGAGAAGGAGCACCGUGAAAUGCAUGUCUACAUCGCUGCCUUCAGCUCUGUCACCAUCUUCUGCACCUUCUUCACCCUGGCCACAUUCGUCGCUGACUGGAGGAACUCCAACCGUUACCCUGCCGUUAUCCUCUUCUAUGUCAAUGCUUGCUUCUUCGUCGGCAGCAUCGGCUGGUUGGCGCAGUUCAUGGAUGGUGCUCGCAAUGAGAUCGUGUGCCGGGCUGAUGGCACCAUGCGGCUGGGAGAACCCACCUCCAACGAGACGCUCUCCUGCGUCAUCAUCUUUGUCAUCGUUUACUACUCACUGAUGUCGGGUGUCAUCUGGUUCGUCAUGCUGACCUAUGCCUGGCACACCUCCUUCAAGGCGCUGGGGACCACCUACCAGCCGCUGCUGGGCAAGACCUCCUACUUCCACCUCAUCACCUGGUCCAUCCCCUUCGUCCUCACUGUUGCCAUCCUGGCUGUGGCACAGGUGGAUGGUGACUCUGUCAGCGGCAUCUGCUUUGUGGGGUACAAGAACUACCACUACCGGGCUGGCUUCGUCCUGGCGCCCAUUGGGCUUGUCCUCAUCGUAGGGGGCUAUUUCCUCAUCCGGGGGGUUAUGACGCUCUUCUCCAUCAAGAGCAACCAUCCUGGGCUGCUGAGUGAGAAGGCGGCCAGCAAGAUCAAUGAGACCAUGCUGCGGCUGGGCAUUUUUGGCUUCUUGGCCUUUGGCUUCGUCUUCAUUACUUUUGGCUGCCACUUCUACGACUUCUUCAACCAGGCAGAGUGGGAGCGCAGCUUUCGGGAAUAUGUCCUGUGCGAAGCCAAUGUGACCAUUGCCACGCAGACCAACAAACCCAUCCCAGACUGUGAGAUCAAGAACCGGCCAAGCUUGCUGGUGGAGAAGAUCAAUCUCUUUGCCAUGUUUGGCACCGGGGUCUCCAUGAGCACCUGGGUCUGGACCAAGGCCACCCUGCUCAUCUGGAAACGCACCUGGUGCAGGCUGACUGGGCAGAGUGAUGACCAGCCCAAGAGGAUCAAGAAGAGCAAGAUGAUUGCGAAGGCCUUCUCCAAGCGCAAGGAGCUGCUGCGUGACCCAGGCCAGGAGUUGUCAUUCAGCAUGCACACAGUCUCGCACGAUGGCCCUGUGGCUGGCUUAGCAUUUGACAUCAAUGAGCCGUCUGCUGAUGUGUCCUCGGCGUGGGCCCAGCACGUUACCAAGAUGGUGGCCAGGAGAGGGGCUAUCCUGCCCCAGGACAUCUCUGUGACGCCUGUGGCGACGCCUGUGCCACCGGAGGAGAGAGCCAGCCUCUGGGUGGUGGAGGCUGAUGUAUCUCCUGAGCUGCAGAAGCGCAGCAGCCGCAAGAAGAAGCGGAGGAAGAAGAAGAAGGAGGUGUGCCCAGGCCCUGAGCACUGCCUGGGGGCCUCUGUAGCCCCUCUGGCCCCCAGCACCAUCCCUCACUUGCCCCGGCUGCCCCCCCAGUCCUGCCUGGUCGCCUUUGCCCCUGACAUCCUCCCAGGGCUCCCGCCCAGCCAGCCUGAAGCCACCUUUGCUGGGAGGCCAUGGGAUGGCUGCCGCAGAGCCAAUGUCUUCCACCUCAUCAGCAACCCCUUCUGCCCUGAGAGUGGAUCCCCAGAGGAGGAGAGUCCUGGCCCCAGCAGCAGGUGCCAGCAGCACAAUGGGGGUCUGUUCUGGCCCCCCAACCCUGGCACACUGCCCCACGGCAGGGGGACGAGGACUCAGGGCCAACGGGCUGUCUUGGCCCCCAUCCACUCUCGGACCAACUUGGUAGAAGCAGAGCUGCUGGACGCCGAUUCGGACUUUUAAGCCCAGAGGGAUGUUGCAAGGGGACAGGGACCCUUGGGGUGAGACCCAAAGCCUCGUCCAGCACAGGCAGCCUGCGAGGGGACAGUGAAGCCCACCCUGUCCUGCCAAGGCCAGUCCCAAGCAUCCCCCUGGCUCGGCCAUGGCUGAUUUCUCCCCUUGGAGGAUGGUGUUUCUUCCCACAUCGCCCAGACUAGACUCUGUGCACAUCCCAGCCCGGCAAGACACUGGCAGAACAGUUUUGGGAUAUCCUGGCAUCACUAGGAGAAGACAAAUGGGGUGUCGGUGGAACAAACACCACCCAGGUCCUGCAGGGGUUUAAGGACAAGGGGGUUGCUGCCUUUGCCACCAGUAGGAAUGGGGGUGGGUGGUCUCCCCGGGACAGCGGUACCAGGCAGCAGGUGAAUGUAGGUCAGGGUAGAUUUUGGUGAGCUUUGUCCUGUGUCCCGGGGUGCUGGGACCCGCUGACACCCCUCGCUCGCCCUCCACCCCCACCCAUGGCUAGAUGGUACGUAGAGCUUACAAACACUUGUGCCAAUAGUUUUUUGUAUUUUUAUUUUUUAAUCUUUGUAUAAUACACCAAGAUGUGACGGUUGGGCACGGUCUCCACUCGGGUGCUGCGACCAAGAGCAGGAUGAGCUGACCCCCCUGCCUUAUGGGGCAGCAGCAGCAUCCUCAGGGUACACCCACUUUUCUGGGUGCACCCCUAUUUCUUCAGGGGUCCCAAGUGCCUUCCAGCUCCCCAGAGAGCUGAACCAGACCCAAAAUGGAGGGUUGGUGAGAUGUUGGUCCCUGACUAUGGGAAGCCAUGACGCAAAAAAACCCAUAUGAAACUUUAAAACCCCAGGGUGUGCAAGGCGAGUCAGGGUUGCCUUUGCUGUCCAGGUGCACCAGCCCCCUGAGCAAAGCUUUUUAUAUAUAUUUUUUUUAAGAACCGUUUCCCCUCCCCAAGUUACAGGAAACCCAGCCGAACCCUGAGGUAGGAGGACUCCAGUCCCUGCUGGUGUUUUGUAUCUGUCCGUUAUCCCUGUACACAUCUAUAUUAAAUCCUGAUAGGCUCCUGGCUUUCUCUCUAUCCCGGUGACCUCCAUGGGUUAAUUUUUGCUGUGUAAAGGAAAACCCUCCUGUAUCAGUAUUAAAUUUGCCAAGUUUCCAUUGC